AAUUCCAUAUUGAAAAUCACCUCAUUUCAACGAUCUCAUCUAGUCGCAAUUUAUAAUGGAACUAACCGCUUUUCGACACCAGGUAGGAGGUCAUUUUGGAAUACUUCUGUGCAAUGGACACGUGGCAAAACCAUCGAAUCUGCGAGAAAUGGCAUUUUAUAAAGUUAUGAAUUCAGAGUUGAAGCACUUUUCUCCGGCAUUUUGCAAAGAAGUAGAUGUUCGAGCAACAGUGAAUCCAUCGACUGGUCAAAUUGUUGUAGAAACUCUUGAAAAACUGGAUUGUCACAAGAAAAAGUCAUCAAGUAAACAUGAGAGAUCAUCAACGGGAUUCCGUCAAACAACAGAUGGUCGUGUAACCGUGGAUACAGAGAAACAAUGGAAUCCAUGGGCUGCUGGAUGUCAAUGUAAAGUUGUCGAGAGAAUGCUCAAAGAGCUCGAACCAACACCGUUCCUGCUGCUCGAAAACGUUGUCGCUCACUAUACAAGACCGUGCGUACUCGAUUUGAAAAUUGGAACCCGACAACAUGGAGAUGAUGCGAGUGAAUCAAAGAGGCACAGACAAUUGAUGAAGUGUAGACAUUCAACAUCAGCAACACUUGGAGUUCGUGUAGUUGGAAUGCAAUUGUAUGAAGCUGAAACAAAAAGUUAUUCAUAUGUUGAAAAACAAGAAGGACGACGAAUUGAUGCUGCUGGUUUCCGAGGAUAUGUCAAGAGAUUUAUUAAGUGCUGUGGAAGAUCACGAGCUGCAAGAAUUCGUCAAAAACUCUCCAAACUUCGAUCUCUUCUUGCUGAAUUCGAAGGUUAUCGAUUCUUUUCGGCAUCAAUCCUUAUCGCAUUCGACGCAGAAGCCGCCGAUUCUUCAAGUGACGACGCUGUUAAAGUUUGCAUUAUCGAUUUUGCUCAUUCAACAUUUUCUGGGUUCUUUGAGGAUCUUGCAUAUUCUGGUGCCGACGAAGGAUGCCUUCUUGGUCUUGAUAGUAUUGUUGAAGCUAUGGAACCUAUUGUUUCGAAAGAUCCCGUGACACCAUCUUCAUCAUUCGAGAAGAAAAAGUAGAAAUGUUCCUGAAUAUUUAAAGUAUAUUUUAUCACUUUUUUCCGUCAACUUUUAAUGACAUCCUCCCGAUGUAAAACUCCUCCCGUUUGUAUCAUUCCCAUCUGAUCCCAGUCAAUUCAUUUCCUCUGCAUCUUACCCAUCUUUCUUCUCUGCGUCGUUUCGUUCUCUCCCCCCUACCAAAUGGGUCUCAUUCAAUUUUUAUUUUUGUUUUUUCUUCACACUUCAUAAUGUGUGUUGAAGAACAAAACCAAAGAAAUUUGACUGUGUUACAGUGCCAAAAAUGUAUUACUGAAAAUAGUUGUUCUCUCUGCAUAAUAAACUUGUUAGUACAAA